AUGAAGCCAGUCGUUUCGACCGGAAAUGCUUGGUUUUGUACUAUCCUAUCAGCUUUCGGGGUUGUCAUUCUAUCUGUGAUUGCACAUUUGUUCAACACGAACCACGAAUCCUUUGUUGGUUCCAUUAAUGACCCUGAGAACGGACCUGCGGUGGCUCAUACUGUGUUUUUAGCUGCGUUGGUUUACCUGGUUUUCUUCGCAUUUUGCGGGUUCCAAGUGUAUCUGUCCAGAAGAAAGCAGUCCAUCGCCUUGCGUUGA